UCUUGAAUACCGGAAAACGCGCGUGCCGGGUGGAGAGGCCUGGCGCGAGUGCUGUGUCGCCAUGGGCCGUAGAAGAGCGCCCGAUGCCGGGACUCUCGGCCGGGCCCUUAUCCGCCAGAAGACUCAGCGGAGCCGUAACCACCGUCACGCCGAUUCCUGGUUGCACACAAGUGAGCUCAAUGAUGGCUACGAUUGGGGUCGUCUUAAUCUUCAGUCAGUAACUGAACAGAGUUCCCUCGAUGACUUCCUUGCAACUGCAGAACUUGCAGGGACAGAGUUCGUAGCUGAGAAGCUGAAUAUUAAGUUUGUGCAUCCAGAGGCUAGAACUGGACUGCUGUCUUUUGAGGAGAGCCAGAGAAUUAAGAAACUCCAUGAAAAAAACAAACAGUUCCUGAGUGUACCACGGAGACCAAAGUGGGACAAAAACACUAGUCCUGAAGAACUCAAACAGGCAGAGAAAGAUAAUUUUCUAGAAUGGAGACGUCAGCUUGUCCGGCUAGAAGAGGAACAAAAGUUACUAUUGACUCCAUUUGAAAGAAAUUUGGACUUUUGGCGCCAGCUGUGGAGGGUGAUUGAGAGAAGUGAUAUCGUGGUCCAAAUAGUGGAUGCUCGAAACCCACUCCUGUUUAGAUGUGAGGACUUGGAAUGUUACGUGAAAGAAAUAGAUGACAGUAAGGAAAAUGUCAUUCUGAUAAAUAAGGCAGACUUGCUGACUGCUGAGCAGCGGAGUGCCUGGGCCACAUACUUUGAAAAAGAAAAUGUGAAGAUUAUCUUCUGGUCGGCUUUGGCUGAAGCCAUUCAACUGAUUGGUGACUCUGAGGAACAUGUGAACGAGGGUGCUGGAGAAGCCAAUACAACCGAGUCUGAAAACUCCAGUUGUGAUGAGGCUGAAAAUCCUCACAGUGAGACCGAACAGCUCCUGGACGGGGGAUCCCCGCCACUUGGUGAAGUUGCCAGUAGCGAUGAAGACAACAGUGAGUACGAGGACUGUCAGGAGGAGGAGGAGGAAGUUUGGCAGACGUGUUCGGAAGAGGACAGCAACCCUGACGAAGAGCCCUGUGGCUGGGACAGGAAGGAAAGCUGUACUGUGGAUUCUGAGGCUCAGGGCAGGAACACCCUGGAGAAGAGGCACACACGCAAUUUCAGCCACCUGGUGUCAAGGCAGGAGUUAUUGGAGAUCUUUAAGCAGCUACACACCGGGAAGAAAGUGAAAGACGGACAGCUUACCGUUGGACUGGUGGGCUACCCGAAUGUUGGUAAGAGUUCCACAAUCAACACCAUCAUGGGCAACAAGAAAGUGUCUGUGUCUGCCACACCUGGUCACACCAAGCAUUUUCAGACUCUCUAUGUGGAACCUGGCCUCUGCUUAUGUGACUGCCCGGGCCUGGUGAUGCCAUCCUUCGUCUCUACCAAGGCAGAAAUGACUUGCAGUGGAAUCCUCUCUAUUGACCAAAUGAGAGACCACGUUCCCCCUGUGUCACUAGUUUGCCAGAAUAUUCCGAGAUAUGUUUUAGAAGCUACCUAUGGCAUUAAUAUCAUAAAGCCUAGAGAGGAUGAAGAUCCCCAUCGACCUCCGACGUCAGAAGAACUGUUGACAGCUUACGGAUAUAUGCGAGGAUUCAUGACUGCGCACGGGCAGCCAGACCAGCCUCGGUCUGCUCGCUAUAUCCUGAAGGACUACGUCAGUGGUAAACUUCUGUACUGUCAUCCUCCUCCUGGAAGAGACCCUGUGACCUUUCAGCAUCAACACCAGCGACUCCUAGAGAAUAAAACGAAUGGUGGUGAACUAAAAAUACAUCCAGGCGGAAAUAAAAAAGCAAAACAGAUUGAAAAUAUAGUUGACAAAAGUUUUUUCCAUCAAGAAAACGUGAGAGCUUUGACCAAAGGAGUCCAGGCUGUGAUGGGCUACAAGCCAGGGAGUGGCCUGGUGACUGCAGCUGCUGUGAACUCUGAGGGCAGGGCUGGGAAGGCCUGGAAAAAACAUGGCAACAGAAAUAAAAAAGAGAAAACUCGUAGACUCUAUAAGCACCUGGAUACGUGAACUUGGGCUGCAGUGGAAAUGGCAUCUGCGUUGUGCACCUGGAGAAGAAACAGAAGCUGCUCCUGGCCUUGAUGCUGUGAAAUGGACCCUGCUUCUUGUGGCACGCAGCCACACCAGACAGCCAGUAUCAAGACGCAGGGGCUCCGUGGAGCACCGAGUCUAACACAGUCAUCUUGGAGCCCCAGAAACUUUGUCCUGUAGAAGGCUGAAUUUAAGAUGAGGGAAUGAAUGAUUGAAUGUUUGUGUAAACAAAUACACAUGCAUACUAAUUUGUAAGUUGGGUUUAAAAAAAAAAAAAUACUAAAAUGGUCACUAACAGACGUUUUACUGGUUUAUGUAGAUACACUGCCAUUUGGACAUUUCGCAUUCUUUAAACAGUUGUAAUUUGCCAAAGCAUGA